AUGGACGCGCUUGCCUUGCUCACGGCGCUCCCAAGCGCUUCGUUGCCGCCGCCGUUCACUGCGCUCUUGCAUCUCUUCCAGCAGUCCAAGCACUUUGAAUGGCCGGUCCCCCGCAUCGAGUGCGCUGGCAACAUGCACAUGGACCGUAUGCUGGCCGUGAUGCCCAUCCUUCCGGCCGUCAAGAUCGAGCAGCCCGAUCACCUCGAUGAUUGCCUCCAGGCGGCGCGCGUACCCGGGCAGCCGCAGAGCUUGGUCGGCUUUCUGAAGACAUGGCCUUCGCAGGUCGUCUCUCUCGCUGUACCCGCCAAGCUCACAGCCUGCGACAGUGACGAGCUUUGUCAUCUCAUACACCAAUGCACGCGGCUGGACGCGGUGCAAGUCGACGUCGCCACGAUGCUCGACCUUGGAGAUGCUCUCCGACCAUGGCUGCAAUCGACUACCGCACGGACGCUGACAUUGAACAACAUGGCGCUCGCUACCGUUGACGCGGGUGUGUCGCUCGCCACCGUCCUCACCGCAACGUCAUCGCUGACGCGCCUCGCCAUCAACCAUUCCGAUGCCGUCGCACAAGCUCUUUUGGCUUCUGGGCUGUGUUUUGGUAGUCUCUCGCAGCUCAAAGUGUCGUUUGCCACCGUGCCGGGCCACUACCGACUCGUGGCGCAGCUCGACGCAUGCAAGGUAACACAACUCGAUGUCCGCGGGAAUCAACAAGAAGAUCUAUCACCUUUGCUUGCAAUGGUGUCGCGUCUGCCAGCGCUCACGCACUUGACGCUGGGCUACUGCAAGCUCAACGAGGCGGUAGCUCACGGCCUUGCAGGCGCGCCGGUGCUCUGCAGCGCACGGUUCUUCUCGGUCGUGUGGCGCACCGAGUCGGUGCUACACAGCCUCCUCGCUUACCUCGGUCGGUCGCCCCGCCUACAGACCGUCGCUUGGCGCCGCUGUCCGCAGGUCGCUCGCGUAGCCCAACCGUGGUUGCCGCCGACACUUGGUCGCGCGCAGUUUCUGGACUGCAACGUGGACGACACUUUUGUUUAUGCAAUCGCGGACGAGCUUCGCGCACGGACGAUACUAACGCCGCUCACGAUCCUUCUCGACUGCCAUGCAAAGAUGCUGGCGCUGGAGAGCGUCACCACCGUCCUCCACGCGCUCGCGAGCACAAGAAACACGAGCGUGCAUUUCGAGGUUGCCCAAGGGUACUACCUCCCGUGGUUCUGGGACAAUGUGCGUCUUCCAGCGACGGUGGCCCGCGUUCAAGUGAAAUUUGAGACUCGCCAUGCUCGCCACCACUGCUACCUCGCCUCGUCAAGCCUGCAGACCGAAAUGUAA